UUUGUCCCCUUUUUAGACAAACACAUGGUUGGGUCGUACACCGAGCGAUGAAACAAGGGGGAUCAUGCCUUGCCUGCCCAGUGUGUACCUCAAAUGCACCUCUAUGGUUAUGGACACGGGCAACUUCAGCAUCGACUAUUCCUCGCCGUAUCCACCCAAUGGACAUAAGAGUUCCUCCAUCAUUCCGCUCUCAAGGGGAGAUUUAGGGUCUAAGUCUGUGCUUCAAAUGGGGAAGAUUUCCAGUCCAGAGCAUCAGGAGCCACCGUCAUGUAACCAAAAGCUAGCCUGUAGGAGGUCCAACGUCUCCAUGACCAUGCAAUACUUGGGAGCCGGUUUCUCUACAGUCAACGAAAUCAUCAACCCCAAAGACGAGCUGACCAUGUUCCAGCAAGUCUGCGGAGGAGAGAACGUCUGUGUGUACAAGGGAUAUCUGACACCAGGAGGUAACUCGUAGACUUGUCAAGCUGUCUCUUCUAGUAAAGGCGAGAGCCAAGAGGUCAAGCUUACUUGGGCAAGGAGACAAUAGUGAGCCUUGGUAAUAUGGCCUUGUCUCGAUACCCCAGAAUGCUCAGAAGAACGUGCUUGUAAGGCUCAGUUCUUGAGACACGGGUGGCAUUGUCUCCAGUAAGGUGAUAGCCCGGCAGAUGAAACACUAGCCAGCAGGGCACACAUUAUAUUUCACGGGUCGUGACUGUUUCCUUCAGUACAAGUCAAGCUUUUGUGCUGACCUCACUGAACAUCAAUGAUGUGGCCUUGUCUUAUUACUUCUUAAUGACUAGGAGUAACAUAGUAACUGGGCUUGAAAAAAUAAUCAUCAGUUUAUAUGUAUUUAUUAUUGAUGUUUAUUUCCCCUCAUGUAAGAGUAUUUUGAGUUUCUAUCGAGGCGCCACUAUGGCUUCCCGUUCAGCGCCAGCCUGUAUAUUAACGGCCUGAUAGCAGCCCGGAUAAGCGCCUGUUGUGAGUACAGGUACCAUGUUGGAUUCCAGCAGGGAAGAAGGGGCUGCUUCCGAGUCAGCCAUAUCACCGGAGGAAAACCUUGCUACAGGUAUGUCCAAACUCCAUAUAAUUAUUAUAGUUAUUGAACUGUAUUGGGUUGGGGCCACCAUUUUGCCAUAUCUCGGACACUAAAGAGAUUCCAUUUUUCCUUCCAGGUGUCUGGAAUCUACCAACCUCAAACCAUCCCACCCCAAGGAAGAAAAGGACAAGUUGACUAGUAGUUCUAGUAAAGACUCUGGCAAUGCUGAGGGGAAUGUUUACAGUGAAUUUGAUCCAACGCCCUCAUCACGAGAAUCCCAGUUUCCCAGCCCGAGUAACACGGUCGAGAAGCUUGAGGGACACACACAGUUGAACGUACAGAAGAUGAAUGGAAUUAACGGCAGAUAUGGGCCACACACACCAGUUCCCCCCAGUUCACGGCCCAGUAGCAAAGUGCCAGCGCCCAAUCAAAGGAGGAGGCUGAAAAAGAAGAGGCCCCCAAAUCAACAGUCGGACUCUGAGCAGGAGAAUGUUCUACAUGAGAAAGAUGAGGGAUACAGGAGACUCCGAGCGCUGCGGGCACAGAGGAGAGAGCACAGAAGGAGUAUCAAACCCCCCCUACAGAGUCAACUUGCAGAAAAUGGCAACAACAAGGGGGAUGGUGGAGCGAUAGAACCUAAAGCGCCAACUGGACCCAAGGCCGUACAUGAACCUACUGCAAGUGGAACAAACCUUAAAGAAGCAUUAAAGCCCUUUAGCAAUGAACCCCAUGACUAUGGCAAGGAGAAGUCCCUCCAGGAACACGUAGAAGCCAAAGCAGCGAUAUAUCGUGACUUCAUUACAAAACAAACAGAUUUUGGCCACGAAGACAUAAAUUCGGUAGCAGUAAGGAGUUUCAAAGCAGAAGAAAUCCCACCGAGUACUGAGGACGUAGAAGCGACAUCAGAGCAGGAUAUUCAUGGAAAACUGGCAGCGGCAUUGGCCGAGGACGAUAACGUUUGCUCGGAGGUGGAGCUUAGCGACUCCAGCGACAGCAGUGAUGAUCGCAGUCUUGCCGAAACGAAAUCAGAAGGCACAUCUGAAACUCAAAAGGCUACCAAGUCCUCACCGAAGGCAGAUCGGCCCGAUGGCCCACAAGAACCACAGCAAGAGGGAGUGAUGGAAACAUCAGCUCUUAAUGGCGGUUCUGGAGUUUCAGAAGAAGUGGAAGAUGAAGAAGAUGAUGAAGAAGAUGGAAACGCUCUUAUCAACCAGUAUGAAGGCCUUCUCCAACCAAUAGAAAUGCAGCCAAGGUAA